AUGUUAAUAUUUUCGUGCGUAUCAAGUCAAACGACAAACUGUAAUGAUGAGAACGCUCUCGUCGCAUUCAAACAGCCGACUUAUGAUUUUUCUGUGAGAAUUCUUGACAAAGUUGCUACGGAGACUUAUUUCCAUUUCGUCUUCUCUCCGUUUUCGACCUGGUGGCAAUUGAUGACUUUGGCUGAAGGCGCCCGUGGAAAAACUCGCAGCGAAUUAUGGAAAGUUACCAGAUACCAUCGCGUGAAAUGUUUUAGACGUAAAUACAAAGAGAUCAUCAACGCUAUGGAUGAGGAGUUAGCUUACAUGACGAAAAGAACUAACAUAGUCAUCAUGAACAAAUUAUUAAAUAUCAAAAAGUCAUACGAGGACGAAGCAAUGAAAUCCCAUGCAACAAAGAUUUUGUCUUUGAAUUUUAAUAAUCCAAUUGAUUCUGCGUCAAAAGCUAAUGAUUUCAUAGAGACUGAUAUAAAUGGAGUAGUCACAAAAACUGUUACACCAGAAGACUUCAAUAUGACUGUACUCAUGACAACAGAUGUAGCGUACUUCAAGAGCGAUUGGUUACACGCUUUCAAUCCCGUUUACACUUCAGUGGAAAACUUCUACAAAUCCUCAGUGGCUAUCGGAAAAGUGAAGUUAAUGACACAAAUCGGAUACUUCAAUGUCACUGAAGUACCGAUAAUCAAUGCCCGAGUUGUUGAAUUACCUCUCAAUUCAAACGGCAGAGUAUCAAUGUUGGUUUUCCUACCAACAAAAGGCUAUGUAGAAGAUUUAUUUUACAAUCUAAGUUACAUCAGAUUGACAUCGAUAUUCAAUUUAUUCAAAGAUGCUGGACCAAAAUUAUUAACAGUUAGGUUACCACGAUUUAAAAUUACCACUGAAUUACAAAAUAUACCGGAAUUGGUCUACGAUAUGGGUGUUAAAAGGAUAUUUUAUCCUGAUCUAGCUAAUUUUGGUGGCAUCAGUGAUUUUAAAGUCCAUACAUCGCUAAUGAAGCAGAUCACUCAUAUAGAAAUAACAGAAGAAGGUGUGAAUGGACAAGUUGAGUUUUUGGUGAGGAAUAAUGAACAGGAUAUUUUCUCAGCGGAUAGACCAUUCGCGUAUCUCAUAGUGGAUAAAAAGACUGAUCUCAUUCUAUUCGCCGGAAUGUACACCCGACCAUCAAUAUAUUAA